AUAAUAUGAUCAAUAGACCUCCAGUACCAAAAUUUAGUGAUGGAUGCUCUACUCCAAAGAGAUCUUCUGACUUAUUAGAGGAAGUUUCACACUUGGUGUUCAAGAUGAAUCUUGAUGAUGCAAUUGAAAAAAAAGCAAUUGCAAUUCUAAGUAAUUUAACUCUACCAAACACUUCAUUCCAUGCCUAGGCUAUAGUUCAUUGUGCUAUGAGGGAGCUCAAUUACCCUUUGCCUAAGGCUGAUGCUAAAGUAGAAUACCUUUCAAAAUGUAUUUAAAGCUAACAUUCCUCUUUGAUAUCUACUUUAUGCUAAAAACUCAAAUUAAACUCCAAAGCUACUAAAGUUUGCCACAUUCUGCAUUAAUAGAUUUCACCCCUCAUUAAUAAGUUACCUCAACCACUUCAGAAUGCAAUUUCAGUAAAAAUUGGCACUGAUAUUAUUUAUUUGAAAUAAGGUGGUAUAAAUGCUAAAAUAAUUGCUCAAAUAGCAAAUAUUAAGGCAGAUUAGUUGUAGUUAAAUUUAAACAGAAUCAGACCAUUUGCUUUGAAAAUUAUCUAAGACCUACUCAGCUACUUCAAUAAUAAUAUUAAAUGACUUGUAUUUUAU